AACAACAAAAUAUGAAAUGAACUUUUAUUUACCGACUGCAUUUAAACUAAUUCACCUCAGUUCUAAAUUUUUAUUGAUUUAUUUUCUGGACUAAAAGUAUCAAUUUAUUUAUUUAGCAAGUCGAACGAAUUUUUCUUAAAGUAUUUAAAAAUUCUCCUCCGCAGCAGUGUAUUUGUUCUCCCUGCUCUCAUGUGUGAUAAAAAGCCGGCUCUACGUCUAAUUUUGGCAAUUUAGAUUUGGCGCGUUGCAGAGAAAACAUGUCGCUCGUCUGGGUUUUGGGUUUGCUCCUCUUUUCGUCUACAGUGGCCGCGGAAAACUCGUUCACCGAGAUUUUAUCCGAAGUUCGGAGUCUCAAAAGCGCUCUAAAUGAGUUGUCCCGAAAGCUGCUGUGCAAUCCAAAUGGUUUGCCCAUGCACACUUUGAACAAUGGCGAAACGUACUUCUUCUCCACUACUCAUAUUGGCGCGGAGUUGAGCUGGUACAGAGCCAAGCAGUUCUGCAAAACGAACAAAAUGGACCUGGCAUCGCCAAAGACGCAGGAGGAAAUAAAUCUUUUGGUUCGCAAGGGCAAAGAAAUCGAUGAAGAGGUAACUUGGCACCUGUCUGCGACGGACGUUGGCCGAGAGCAUGGCGACUUCCGGUGGGCCGACGGCGAUGUUCUGCAUUUAAACAGUUCGUUGUGGCAGUCUCGGCCUGGCAGCUUUCAAAGGGGCGAGCAGUUGUGCGCCUACGUUAACCCUGAGCAGACCGACAAGUUGAAAGUCCACAAUUGCAUCAUCAGGGCUAACAUCAUCUGCCAACUCCCUGCUAAGUGCAAAUAAAUGAAUAUUUUGUAUACUAACUAAAUAAACGAUUUUUUUGGUAAUUGAUUUCGUUUAAUUUAAUUAAGAAGAAGGAGAGAGAUAAGUUUUAU